AUGACGUCCGGCGUGUCGUCGUAUAUACUGUCGAGCAUCAUUGUCGGCGUGGUGUCGCAGGUGUGGCUGCGGCGGUACCACCCGGGCUGGUUCAGGAAGUACAACUAUAUCCUGGGCGGCGCGCUCGAUGGUGGCGCGCAGGUGAUGAUCUUUAUAUUGUCGUUUGCGGUGUUUGGGGCGUCGGGCAAGGGCGUGCCGUUCCCUGCUGUGCGUAUUUGUCUUUGUAUGUGCUUGGACGUGAAACUGACGGAUGUAAUACAGUGGGCGGGCAACCCUGCGCAAGGUAAUGUGGAUUACUGUAACGGAAACGGAGCGCUGGACUCGACGUCUAUCACGGUGCACUCGCCCGAGAUUGCGCGGGCGAGUCUCCACGUCGCACUACCCUGGUACACCCACCUCUACACCCUCCCCUUUCUCUCCCUCUAUCCUCUUCUCGCCUAUGCAUACUACAUCAAGUACGACGACUGGCUCCAGAGCGAGGAGUGGACCUUUCUCGCCUGCGUGUCGCUCGGUGCUGGUCAUGCCCUCAGCUUUUUGACCACGAGAUGGAGCGCGGGUGCCAAGGCGUGGGUUACGACUCGCAAGGCUCGCUCGCUGCAAGAAGCCGACUGCGUCCGCCUCGUCCCACACACCCACCGCGGCCAGGGCGAAAUCGUGCCCCUUGAAAAGAGCAGCUCAUCGGACCCCAUGUCGUAUACGUUCAACUACCAGCGCGACACCUACGUCGUCGCCUCGCUCCAGCCCGAGCUCUCGUUCACCCGCCUCCCGUACCCGUGCACCGCCAUGCCCACGCUCUCGACAUUCGGCGCGCCCGCGGGGCUCACGACUACCAAGGACAGCAAGGCGGGCAAGACGACUGGGGACACUGAGGCGCUCAAGACGCUGUACGGCGGGAACGAGUUCAACAUCCCCGUGCCCUCGUUCACCGAGCUAUUUGCCGAGCAUGCGACCGCGCCGUUCUUUGUCUUCCAGGUGUUCUGUGUUGCGCUGUGGUGCCUGGACGAGUACUGGUAUUAUAGCUUGUUCACGCUGUUUAUGUUGAUCAUGUUUGAGUGCACCGUCGUCUGGCAGCGUCUCAAAACGCUCACCGAAUUCCGCACCAUGUCCGUAGCGCCGUACCCGAUCCAAUGCUUCCGCGACUCCAAAUGGGUCACCCUCCAGACGGACGAGCUCCUCCCCGGCGACGUCGUCUCCGUCGCGCGCCUGCAGGUCGAGACGACCGUCCCCGCGGACAUUCUGCUCGUCCAGGGCACGUGCAUCGUGAACGAGGCGAUGCUCUCGGGCGAGUCGACGCCGCUCCUGAAGGAGAGCAUUCAGCUGCUGGACCCCAACGAACGGCUCGAUGUGGACGCGACGCAUAAGAACGCGGUGCUGUUCAGCGGGACAAAGGUGUUGCAGGCGUCGCCUGCUGGACAAGGUCAGACGGCGGCGGGUACACCGGACGGCGGGUGCCUCGGUGUGGUGCUCCGCACUGGGUUCGGCACGGCGCAGGGCCAGCUGGUUAGGACGAUGAUUUUCUCGACGGAGCGCGUGAGCGCGAACAACGCCGAGUCGUUCUUGUUCAUCGGGUUCCUCCUCAUCUUCGCUAUCGCCGCGAGUUGGUAUGUCUGGACCAAGGGCAUCGAGCGUGACCUCAAGAAAUCGAAGCUGCUCCUUGAUUGCGUGCUCAUCAUCACCUCCGUCGUCCCGCCCGAGCUACCCAUGGAGCUCUCGCUGGCCGUGAACGCGUCGCUCGUCGCGCUGAGCAAGUACGCGAUUUUCUGCACGGAGCCGUUCCGCAUCCCGUACGCGGGGCGCGUCGACGUGUGCUGCUUCGACAAGACGGGCACUAUUACGGCGGAGAAUCUCGUGUUGGAGGGCGUCGUUGGGAUCGAGUGCGUUGACCCGCACAGGCUCGUGGACGUGAAGGAGACGGGCAGGGCGACGAUCCUCUGUCUUGCGGCUGCGCAUGCGCUGGUCAGGCUCGACGAUGGCACCGUUGUCGGUGAUCCGAUGGAGAAGACGACGCUUGAGGCGCUCGAUUGGAAGGUGUCGUCUGGCGACCAGGUCGCGCCCGCCAGCACAGGCGCAGCCAACAACAAUGUGAAGCUGAUCAUCCGCCGGCGCUUCCAGUUCUCGUCCGCGCUCAAGCGCAUGGCUACCGUGUCCUCGCUCCCGUCCGGCCGCUGCCUGGUGUCCGUCAAGGGCGCGCCCGAGACGAUCAAGGGGUUCUUGGCGGAGGUGCCGGCGUGGUACGACGAGACGUACAAGUGGUACACGCGCCGGGGCAGCAGGGUGCUUGCGCUGGGUACGAAGGAGGUCGAGGGGCUGACUGUGGACAAGAUCAAUAAGCUGCAGAGAGAGGAGGUCGAGGGCCGGCUCAAUUUUGCGGGGUUCUUGGUGUUCCAUUGUCCGCUCAAGGCAGAUGCGGUCGAGGCGCUGAAAAUGCUUGCGGAUUCGUCUCAUCGGUGUGUUAUGAUCACGGGCGACAACCCGCUCACGGCCGUGCACGUCGCCAGGGACGUCGAGAUUGUCGAUCGCGAGGCGCUGAUUUUGGAUUUGGCUGAGAAUGCGGCUCAUGAUGCCGACCUCGUCUGGCGCACUGUGGACGAAACCAAGGUCAUCCCCGUGAACCCCGAAGACCAGAUUGAUACCUCGCUCUUUGACCAGUACGAUAUCUGUAUCACCGGCGCUGCGAUGAAGCAGUUCGAGGCGCGCGCGGCACAGUGGAAUGCGCUUGUGCAGAAUACAUGGGUGUACGCGCGCGUGUCGCCAGCACAGAAGGAGUUCAUCCUCACGACGCUCAAGACGCUCGGCUAUGUCACGCUCAUGGCCGGCGACGGGACCAACGACGUCGGCGCCUUGAAGCAGGCGCACGUCGGCGUCGCCUUGUUGGACGGCUCGCCGGAGGAUCUGCAGAAAAUCGCGGAGCACCAGCGGCUGGAGCGCAUCAAGAAGGUAUACGAGAGCCAGCUGAAGAUCUCGGCACGGUUCGGGCAGGUGCCGCCGCCUGUGCCGCCGGCGCUCGCGCAUCUGUACCCCGACGUGGUGGAGGCGCAGAAGAAGGCGGCGGAGAAUCUGGCGGAGGCGCGCAGGAAGAAUCCGAUGGAGAAGUUUGAUAUGAACGGGAUCACGGACGCGCUGUCGAACAUGGAGGGCGACGAGGAGGUGCCGCAGAUCAAGCUCGGGGACGCGAGCUGUGCGGCGCCGUUCACGUCGAAGCUGUCGCAUGUUUCGGCGAUCGCGCAUAUUAUCAGGCAGGGCCGGUGCACGCUCGUGGCGACGAUCCAGAUGUACAAGAUUCUGGCGCUUAAUUGUUUGAUCACUGCGUACAGCUUGAGUGUGCAGUAUCUCGAUGGGAUCAAGUUUGGUGAUUACCAGAUUACGGUUAGCGGGAUGCUUAUGUCGGUGUGUUUCUUGUGUAUCUCGCGUGCCAAGCCCGUGGAGAAGCUCUCGAGGGAACGGCCACUAGGAAAUAUCUUCAACUUUUACGUGCUGCUUUCGGUCUUGUUCCAGUUUGCGUUGCACAUCGUGUCGCUCGUGUACAUCACGAACCUGUCGCACUCUUACGACCCGCCCGGCGAAAUCGACCUCGACGCCAAAUUCGAGCCCUCGCUUUUGAACACGGCCAUCUACCUCCUUGGCCUCUCGCAGCAGGUCUCCACGUUUGCGAUCAACUUCCAGGGUCGGCCGUUCCGUGAGGGUAUUCGGGAGAACUCGAGUCUGUAUUACGGUCUCGUCGGCGCGAGCGCUGUCGCGUUCUCGGGUGCGACGGACUUUAUGCCUGAGCUCAAUAGGUGGCUGCAGAUUGUGGAGAUGGCGGAUCCUUUCAAGGUGCGCUUGACGGCCGCGAUGGUCAUCGACUUUGUCGGCUGCUGGGUGAUCGAGAAGGUGUGCAAGUUCCUGUUUGCGGAGCUCGAGCCGAAGCCGCUGGUCACGCGGGGCCGGGAGCGGCGCGAGGCGCGGAGAAAGAUCGAGGUAGAGGAGAAGGAGCGGAAGCAGAUGGAGGAGGAGAACGCGGCCGCUGAGAAGAAGGCGCAGUAG